CAGUAACCCGAGUUCAGGAUCGAACCCCUGACCUUGGAGAUGUGAAGUGGCAAGACUACCCUUUGCACCACCAAUCCUCUCUCAUCUGAAUAAACUAAAAUAAAAAUAAACUGUUCAAGAAACACGUGGUUAGCACGCUCGCCUCACACCUCUCUGUAAUUAAACCUCUCCCUCUACACAUUUCUGUAAUGUGGACCUCACUAAAAUGUUGAUCCUGGUUACCGCCCUGAUACCCCUGGACAUUUGAAAUAAAAAGGAUAAAUAGAGAAUAAAUAACUUGAUGAUAAAUCAGCAGGAGCCUUUAAAAUCCCACAAAAUCAGUUCGCACUUCGUUCUUAAAUCUCAGGAGAAAUAAAACAGAGAACACAGAAUCGUGCCAGUUAUGAAAAGUCAGGGAGGGAGUCUCCCAGGAGGAUGGUGGGCGUGGCUGUUUGAGAUAAUUGAAUAUUCAUUUGCAUACCGAUCUAUUUCUUGGUGGAAGCUCCGCCCACACACAGGAGAGGAGGUUCGGCUUGGGGUGCUGCUGUGGCUUUGAUCUCAGCCGCAAGUUGCUGUGUUGAUGUGGUUUGUGCGCCCUGUCGGACUUCCGGUUUUAUUCUUAAACGUUUACUUUUUGGAAUUUUGAAAAUAAAAAUAUUAAAAAGACGACCCUCUCUAUCCUACACUGUUGAAGGGACUGAAAACUCGGGGGUGGUGAAGUAAUAAAAACAGGUAAGGGGGUGCCAUGCCGGCUGCUGGUCCCCUGCUGCUCCUCCACGCCAUCUGCUGGUGGCCCUUGGUGCUGUUCCUGCUGUUUCCCCCACUGCCCCUUUUUGCCCGCACCAACCCCCCGACCUUCAUCUCCCUCCACGACUCGCGCCUUAACCACCUCUUACUGGACUCCAGCUCGGGCUACGUGUACGUAGGUGCGGUUAACGCGCUCUACCACCUCUCUCCAGACCUCCAGCUCAUCUCAUGGGGCAAAACUGGCCCCACGCUGGACAGCCCCGACUGUUUGCCCCCGAUUGAGCCUAAAGACUGCAGCCAGGCACGCCAAACUGACAACACCAACCAGCUACUGCUGCUGGAGAAACAGGAAGGGUCACAAGCACAGCGCCUGAUUGUGUGCGGCACGGUGCUGCAAGGCAUCUGCGAGAAGCGCAGCCUGGCCAACGUUUCCCAGGUGCUGUACCACACGGCCAACCCCGUGGACACUCAGUACGUAGCUGCCAACGACCCUCGUGUCUCCACCGUGGCCGUGCUCACCGAGCACAAGAGCAAACACUUCAUGGUUGUGGGACAAAGCUACACCAAUGGGAAUAGAAUGUCUCCAUUCACAUUGCGGCACCUUGAGCAGUCCUCACUUGCAUUUUCAUAUUUUGGUUUUCCUAUAGGAGGCUGGAUGUCUGAGUACAACCACCAAUUUGUGAAGGCGUUUCAUCAUGGUACACACAUUUACUUCCUGUUCUCACGCCGCGAUACACUGAAAACACGCGCUUAUCAGACAUACAUAUCACGCCUCUGCGCCGGAGACCCCAGCUUUUACUCGUACGUGGAGGUACCACUGAGCUGCACAGGGGGCUACAACCUGGCACAGGCGGUCGCCAUGGGAACUUUCCUCGGAAAAGCCACCAUGUUUGUCGCCAUGGCGGCAGGGCAGGCGUCGACGCCCGCGCCCACGGGGCGCUCGGCUCUGUGCGUGUACAGCAUGGAGAAGCUGGAUCAGGCGCUGGAGCGGGCACAGUUUCUGUGCUACACACAGGAAGGAAAAGGAGACAAAGAGCAGGAGGCCUACAUCGCAUACGAAGUCUCCUCCAAGUGCCUCAAGCUUCCUCCGGAAUCUGUGAAGGAAUACCCAUGCGGAGGUGAACACACCCCUAGCCCCAUCGCCAGUGCAGUGCCCCUCCAAGCCACGCCCACCAUCACCUGGUCAUCUCAACUCACCGCUGUCGCUGUAGCAACCGAGGCUGGCCACACCAUUGCACUCCUGGGGGACAAGAGUGGACAACUACUUAAGGUCUUUGUUCACGUGAAUGGUUCAGGUUCUCAGUAUGACUCGGUGAUGGUGGACCCUCAGAGCUCCGUUAACCCUGACCUCUUGCUGGACUCCACCUUACGCAGUGUUUACAUCAUGACUGAGAGGAAGGUAACGCGUUUACCAGUAGCUCAGUGUGAGAGGCAUUCAGACUGUCAUUCAUGCCUCUCUGUCCGAGACCCCUACUGCGGAUGGUGCUCACUAGAGGGCAGGUGUACUCGGAAGCUAGAGUGUGCCCGGCAUUCCCAGCCUCACCACUGGCUCUGGAGUUACGGUCGUGAUCGGCAGUGUGUGUCCAUCCAGAGCCGGGAGGAGCAGACACAGGUACACACUCGCACCGCAGCUCAUAGGAUCACAUGUUAGUUCAGCGUGUUAGCCUAGCGUUCACUCACGUGUCUAUAUAUAUAUAUAUAUAUAUAUUUUUUAACAUCACUCCUGAAUGACGCCAGUCUGAGCAAAACAUCCUUUAAAUAAUCUUAAGGGAGAACUCCACACCGGAGCACGUUAAAUGUGUUUAUAUUGAAAUGUUUGUGGUGUGUUUAGAGAUUCUGCUGCUAAUUUGUUGGGUUGGUUUUGUAUUUUCGUUAUUCCUGAGAGACGUUAGCGGUUGUGUGCUGCACAAAGUGUUAUUGCUAGCGCAGUUCUCAUGUUGCAAAGAAUCACAGGAUUUAAAACGAACCCCCAAAGGGGGAACGUACCACUCUAGUUGUUUCGUCUAUGCUGGGAUUUCGUUAAUGCUGAAGCUUUUACACAGUACGGUGGUAGUUCAUGAUAUUAAUGCGUUUGUUGGGGAAAUUGUGAUGGACGAGUCUGACGGGGAAAUAGCAGGGUGCCUUUUAACACAGCAGGGACUUUUGUAGAAAUGAAUGAAGCUAAGUGUGCCACUGAACGCAGCCAGUCGCUGUUUACCUGCUCUGAGUGCUGUUGUGUACCGCUGUCUCUUAAGUUUUGUGUGCAGGAGAUUCCUGAAGGCAGUUAAAACCUUUGCCCAAGAGAGAAUCAGCGGAAAACAAGGCAACGUAAGGAAAGAAGCACGACCAUCGCCACUGUGAAAGUCCAAAGAAGCAUCACGGAAAGACUGCUACAGCCGUCACUGCGCCUGGAAACAGGAAAGCACACGAGAAAGCUGAAGAGUUUAUUAGUAGGAUUCAUCAAUUUAUCCAAAAGAAUAUACAGUGAUAUACUGUAUGCUUAUCCAUAGUAAUAUACAGUAACUAAUAGUAUAGUAUAGUAUAGUGAAGUAAUAGUAAAGCAAUAGUAUCGAUUAGCAUAGGUGUAUAUAGUAAUAGUAUAGAUUCAAAUUCGAGAUCACAAUUUUGUGGGAUUAUAUGUUCUUUGUAAAUACUGUAAAUAUGGGUUUCUUGUCACCUUGUUAUAUUAGGAAUAAAGGUUUGAGUGGAUUUUGGUCUGUUUUCUUCUUUCGGUUACUGCCUCCCUGCACGCUGCUAGCCACCCACACACCCCUUUUAAACGUUAAACGUUUACCACUAGCCAACAUCUAAGGGACGUGACAAGUAGAACGUGGUGAUGUGGUGCUCACAUGUAUUCACGUGUGUAAUGUUUACGCUCA